CUUUUGGCUGGCAACGCCGCCCAGUGUGUGGUGACAGUGUCGCACAUGCUCUCUGCCUUCUCGCUCGGUCUGCAGUCGAUGGUCGCCCCUUUCUACCAGCCCGUGGUCUUCCCGAUCGCAUCGUGCUUUGACUCUGACAUCCCGCAGGUGGCUUCGUUCAUCGCUGAGCUGCAGGACGGGCUGCCCGACGAGUUUCUGCUGCUCGUGGCGUUCUGUUCGUGGCGACUGGUCCUGCUCUCGGCCCUGAUCUUGGUCGUCCUGCUUACGCUGCUGGCGCCGCCGGUUCGGGUGGCGGUGCUGCCGUUCUGCCUGGAGUUCCUCCCGCUCAGUCCACGGUCGACGUGUCUUGCGCUGCUGGCGUUCUUCCAGUUGGAGGUGCUGCCGUACCACCUGACGUGGGCCCUCGUGCUGCUGUUCUGGAUCCAGCUCCUGCCGAUGCGACCGCUGCUUGGGGUGACGCGCUGUCUCCUGAUCCUGGCGACUGUGCCGCUGCGAAUGUUCUGGGCGCUCCUGGGCCGUCUUUGGCUGUCGAUCUUUUCUGCUUGA